GAUUUGCAGUGAGUGGCAUGUUUCAGAGCGUCUAGCUCUCUGACCAGCUUCUGUAUGUACUUGCAUGGACAGGACACGAUCUGAACCACUAUCGCAGACCACACUUGCAUCAAAAGCGCAUGGAAAGACUCUGAACACUGCAUUUGUGCCGUCAUGAGUCACAGAGCAACAUCAUCUCCCUGAUUGAUGGGUGUCAGAAAUCAAUCCAAAAUAACUUAAGGAAAGAAUGACAGAAUGAAAGAAAGAAAAAAAGAGCAUCUCAACAGACAGUACCCUUAGUCAUCUCUGUGUUGUAAUCAUGGAUUCCAUCUUCUGUCUCAUCGCCCCUCCCUCCCUUUACCUCCCGAGUGGCGCAGCGGUCUAAGGCACUGCAUUUCAUUGCAAGAGGCGUCCCUACAGACCCUGGUUUGAUUCUAGGCUGUAUCACAGUCGGCUGUGAUUGAGAGUCCCAUAGGGCGGCGUACAAUUGGCCCAGGCUCGUCCAGGUUAGGGUUUUGCCGGGGUAGACCAUCAUUGUAAAUAAGAACUUGUUCUUAACUGACUUGCCUAGUUAAGUAAAGGUUAAAAAAAAAAUUCCCUCUCCUCCUUUUCUAUUGAAAGACAGGCUGAGGCUCCACUGGGGGGAAAGGAAAGAGACCAAGACCCAAGAGAUACACUGACAGACAAGAAGAGAGAUAGCCUCAGUGGUCCCUAACUCUCUAACAGUAAGGGUAGCAGAGGAGACAUACAAGAGGCAGUGUGUUCAGGAGAGCCAAGGGCAUUUGGGCUGCGUUACCCCUUUAGCCCGCUAGUGGGCGCCCUCCUCUCUCAUAUCAGGCCUGGAGGGACAUGGCCAUCUGAAAGACUCCUCUCUCUACCACCUUCCACCACUCCCUCUAUCAGUCUCUCUUUUCAACAACGUAAAGUUAAUCAACCCUCGUUGCCAUGGAGAAGACAUACUCCCUCACGGCCCACUACGAUGAGUUCCAGGAGGUCAAGUAUGGUGGUCGCUAUAGCAGUGGCACCCUUAGCAACGGCAUGAGCCUGCACUUGGGUGGGAGCCUGGACCGUAAUGUUGGGCGGGGCCGAGGCAAAGGGGGUGUGGCUAGUGAUCGGAGUCGGGACCUGAGUGGCAUCAACAGCGGACAGGGACUUCCUCGAUGGAGCCGCAGGGAGAUCUGCCUGCUCUCUGCUCUGGUGUUCGCUGCGGGGAUGUGUGUCAUUCUGGGCAGCAUGCUGGCACUCAAAUACAUCUCCCUGGACUUCCAGCAGGAGGCGCACUGCAGACAGGACUGCCAGAAGAAACGCUCGUUAGUCCGAGCUGCACGCUUCGUCCAGGCCAACAUCGACCCCACCAUCCAGCCCUGCCAGGACUUCUACAGCUUUGCCUGCGGUGGCUGGCUACGACGCCAUGGCAUCCCAGAGGACAAGCUGAGCUACGGCAUCAUCACCGCCAUCGGAGAGCACAACGAGGAGAAGCUACGACGCCUCCUACUGGAGCCCGUGCGCCGGCACACCGUAGACUCGGCUGAACGCAAGGUGAAAGAGUUCUACCGCUCCUGUGUGAACAUCCAGGAGAUUGACAAGCUGGGGUCGGGGCCCAUGACAGAGGUGAUUGACAGCUGUGGCGGGUGGGACCUGGUUGGAGUGCCCUCUGGUGGUGCGGGGUGGGAGAGCAGUACUGCACCAGCCAGACCAGACUUUGAUGAGCUGCUCUAUAGGACCCAGGGGGUGUACAGCACAGCUGUCUUCUUCUCUCUCACUGUCAACGUAGACGAUAAGAACUCCUCACGCAACGCUAUCAGGAUUGAUCAGGAGGGGCUCACACUGCCUGAGAGGACUCUGUACCUGGGGCAGGAUGAGGACAGUGUGAAGAUCCUGGCAGCUUACAAGGCCCUGAUGGAGCGUCUGCUAAGCAUGCUGGGAGCUCACAAUGCCACUCAGAAGUCCAAAGAGAUCCUACACCUGGAAACACGCCUGGCCAGCAUCACUGUGUCUGAGUAUGAUGAACAGAGAAAGGACAUCAGCAUUAUGUACAACCGCAUCACCCUGAGAAAACUACAGCACAUCGCUCCCAGUCUGCACUGGAAACGUUUGUUGGACAGAAUCUUCCAUGAUAACUUCUCUGAGGAUGAAGAGAUUGUGGUGUUGGCUACUGACUACAUGGAGAAAGUCUCAGAGAUCAUCAAUACCACCUCCAAAAGGGUUCUCCAUAACUACAUGCUGUGGCGGAUUGUAGCAGCUCUCAGUGAACACCUGUCCACGGCGUUCCGAAGUACCAUCCAUGAGUUUUCCCGGGAGAUUGAUGGUACGGAGCGUCAGCUGGAGCUGGGGAUGCUGUGUCUCACCCAGGCUAACAAACACUUUGGCAUGGCCCUGGGAGCACUCUUCGUCAAGCAACACUUCUCCUCUCACAGCAGAGCCAAGGUACAGGAGCUGGUAGAGGACAUAAAGCACUCACUGGACCUCCGGCUGCAAGAGCUGGACUGGAUGGAUGAGGUGACCAAGGAGGCAGCUAGGGCCAAGCUGCAGCAUAUGAUGGUGAUGACAGGCUAUCCAGACUUCCUCCUCAAACCAGAGCUCAUAGACCAGGAGUACGGGUUUGAUGUGGAUGAAAAUACCUAUUUCAAAAACAUCCUCAACAGCAUCAAGUUCAACAUCAAGAUGUCUGUCAAGAAGAUCCACAAGCAGGUGGACAAGACUGCGUGGCUCCUUCCCCCUCAGGCCCUCAAUGCCUACUAUCUCCCAAACAAGAAUCAAAUGGUAUUUCCCGCUGGAAUCCUUCAGCCCACGCUGUACGACCCUGAGUUUCCACAAUCUCUGAACUAUGGAGGAAUAGGAGCCAUCAUUGGUCAUGAGCUGACACAUGGAUAUGAUGACUGGGGGGGCCAGUAUGAUCGCUAUGGCAACCUGAAGCAGUGGUGGACGGAGGAGUCAUACAAGAAGUUUCAGAAGAAAGCAGAGUGCAUCGUCAAACUCUACGACAACUUCACGGUCUACAACCAGCGGGUGAAUGGCCGUCUGACUCUGGGGGAGAAUAUAGCAGAUAUGGGAGGCCUUAAACUGUCUUACUUUGCAUAUCAGAAGUGGAUCAGAGAACAUGGUCCAGAAAGACCUCUCCCUGGACUCAAAUACACACAUGAACAACUACUCUUCAUCGCCUUCGCACAGAACUGGUGUAUGAAGAGACGGUCUCAGUCCAUAUACCUGCAGCUACUGACUGACAAGCACGCACCAGAGCAUUACAGGGUGAUUGGCAGCGUGUCCCAGUUUGAUGAGUUUGCCCGAGUGUUCCACUGUCCAAAGGGUUCCCCCAUGCACCCUGUCGACAAAUGUUCUGUAUGGUGACCCCUCAAACAC